CCAUUUAGCAUUAAAAAAAUAGCGAGACUUUCAAAUAAAAAUGCCCCACAAUUUUAUAUCUUUUACUCUGUUUGAAUAGUAUCUUAAUAUUACAAACACACUUAAGAUGAGCGCCAUUUUCCGUCGUGCCUAUACCACCAAAACACUUGUUCCUCCUAAUAUUGCUGCUGCCACCAAGCUUAGUGGUUCAGCUAAGGAUGGACAAAUCAAUGAAUUAGUCAAAUUCUAUAAGAAAUUACCCAAGGGAACUGCUGAAACUCCCAAGCCUGUUGGUCCUUUUGCUCGUUAUAAGGCCCGUUAUAUUGAUGGUGAUAACGCCUCUGUUACUCCAUUACUUCAUCUUAUCCUCGGUGUUGGUAUUAUUGGUUAUACUAUCGACUAUCACUUCCACUUGAAGCAUCACAAGAAUGUCGAGCACCACUAAAUUUGUAAUGUAGUCGAGUUAAACUCGAGUAUAAAAUAAUUUAAGAUUGUAAUAAAAGCAAGCUAAGGACAGAAAUACACCAGCAAUAGAUUUGAUAUUGUCCAUGAAUCUUCAAAGGAAAAGAACCAAAAAAAAAAAAAAAAAGAAAAAAA